GGGGUGUUGAGUGGACGAUCGAUCUAAUUCUAGAAACAUACUGCGUCAAGCGUUCGUGACUUAGUUUAUUGAUCAACAUCGCCUUGGACGUGUGUGUUUAAGUAUAAGUGCUACGUUUUCAAAGGUGUUUUACUAAAGCCGUAAAAUGAGGCUGCUUACGCUAAGACUGAUUGGUGUCAUCCUUGCCCUUAUAGUAUUAACUGACUGUAAAAAGAUGUCUAGAAGUAGAAGUUCAGGGAGGAGUUCCAGUCGAAAGACUAAUUAUAAUCCACAACCAGCCCCAACGUCCUUCAGUAAUCCACAAGCAUCGGCACCAAAGCCAUCAUUAUUCGGAUGGCAAGAAAAAACACCGCAAAAGUCUCAGUCUUCUCGUCAGUCAAAUACAAACAAUCAGCGACAUUCAUAUCCAUCGAGUAAUACAGGGCUUUCCGGUAAUACACAACCCAAAAAGCAUCAAAUUCAACAAGAACAUAUUCAGAAGAGCAAUGUUCCGCAUCAACAAUCUGCUUCACAGCCUGGGACACCAAACCAAAUGGGACACUCGUAUCCAGCUUCGAAUGGCCUCUCCGGAAAAUCAGGAACAGCUAAUGGAUACUCUCAGGGAACAGGUCUCUCCGGGAACGCAGGAACAGGUAAUGGAUACCCACAAGGUACGGGUCUAUCCGGGAAUACAGGAACAGGUAAUGGAUACCCUCAAGGUUCUGGGUUAUCUGGACCUAAUUUAGCUCCACCACCUUACCAAGCAGCUAAUCCAUCCAAUACAUAUAGAACCCAAAACAACUAUCAGCAUUCUGCAGGCGCUCCACCUCCGUACUCUAAUGUUGGUAAUCCUCACUACAAUCAUGGUCCACCUCCACCAUAUUCAAAUUAUGGCGGUAAUUACGGAGGCUAUGGUGCUCAAGGUGGCUAUGCUCCACAAAUGCCUGGCUAUUUUGGUGGCUAUUCAAAUUACGGUAAAGGGUUUGGUGGAGUAGGCCGUUCGGGAAGUAGUUUAGCUGGUGUUGGAAUAGCAGGCGCAGGAAUUGGAACUAUUCUCACUGGCUUAGCGUUAUGGAAUUUGGCUAGAUCAACAGGGCAUCAUCAUCAUACCGUUAUCUAUGACAAUAGAGGUCAACCUGUUGCAGUAGCACCAGCAAAUGGAACAGCACCUCCUGUGGACUCCAUAUUAGGUGAUUUGGAAAACUGCACUUUAUCGAUCAACACAGAAAACUCUACAGAUGUAAUUGCAAUUCCGUGCUCAAUUGCAACUUCAUUUACACCCGAUGCUGACGUCAAAGAUGCUAAUGUUGACAAUCCCGAUGACAACACAAAAUGUAUUAUAACGGUAAUGACAAAGUCAGGUAAAGAAUUUAUGACAACAAUUCCGUGUGCAGUCUUACUCAAAUCAGCGGCCGAGAAUAAUGUAACGGAGAAUAUAGCUACAGCGGAGAACAGUACAACAGAAAUUUCAAACAUGACUAUAGCAUUUACCACUGAUCUACCUGAAGCAUUAAAACUUGUAAAUGACAGUAGCGUUGCUGCAGAGCAUAAAUUAAACUGCACUUCUGAAGCUGGUGACGUCAAAGAUCCUAUUAAUCCGUGUUUUAGUAUUCAACACGACCUUACCGUAGUGCCUCUCAGUAGAGAUGUGAUAUCAAAUUCUACCAAGUGAAGGUAUAAAUUAAAUAAAUAAAUAAAAAAAAAAACAACCAAAAAAGUACAAGAAUGGUGUUAAUGUAGUUAUAUUACGAUCAUUCUCAACAAAAGUGUUUCUAAAACUGUAUGCUAACAAUGUUAAAAUAAUAAUGAACAUACAGAACAAAAUGUAUCGGAGAAGAAUGGGAGGAGUCAUUGAAACGUUUCAUAUCGUUGAGAUAAAAUUACAUAAGUUCGAUAUCCUGGCAAUGCGUUUGCUGCAAAGAGUCUCGCAACUCAUCAGUUGUACACGAUCAAAUUUAGUAAAACAUACCCUUGCUACAUUUUAUUAAGAGUCAAAUUUAAAAGCAAUUAUUCUGUACAACCUCUUCGUUUCGUUCUUUCUCAAUCUAGAAUGACAUUAGCAGCAGAAAUUCACCUGACGUUAAGCAGCUUCUUCUUCAGCAGACCUAAAAGGUCACCAUAAGUUAAUAAAGUUUCUUUUAACGUUAUAUGUCUUUGUUAUUAUUGAAAUUUUUUAUGAAUAAUUAUAAUCAUCCAAUUACUGAAAUAAUAAAUAAAUAUAUUUGAAAAUAUUAA